UCCUCUGCUCUUUCCUGUGCUUAGAUUUUUCUGUCAUCUGUUUUCGGUACUAAAUUGUGUUCGCGAAAUUGAUGUAUUUAUUUUUAAACCCAACUAAUGGCAUUAACAGAAGCAAAUUCAAUUUUAGUUACUGCUUUUCCAAGUAUAGACACAGAACUUUACACUUAUAUUGAAAGUGUUUUGGAUGAAAAUAAAAAUGAAUUUGAAUCAUCAGAUCACAUAUAUGAAGCUAUCGGAGAAAUGUUACAUGAAGUAGCUGGAGGCAGUAAAGAUGAAAAUGAAAUAAAGGAUAUAUGUUCUCAACUUUUAAGGGCAUUGAAAAGUGAAUCGUGUGAGGAAGAGAAAUGUAAAGGAAACAAAAUCCUUAGUGCACCAGUGUGCCUUGGAAGUUUAGCUGAAAAUUUUGAAAAUGAGGCAGAGGAAGUUACAAGUAUAUGGUUAAAACAAAGAGAAUCAGCAUCUUUUGUUGAUCAAAGGAAACUUGAGAAAGCUGAAGCAAGGCUAAAAUCUAAGCAAGAAAAACGAGACAAUAAUGAGAAACCCAUUUCAGGUGGUGCCAUUAUAAACAAAGAAGCUACUGCUGUGCAGGCUAGUAGUAAAAAGGAAUCAAGAAUGGAACUAAAAGGAUCCAAUAAAAGCAUGGAUAUCAAAAUUGAAAACUUUGAUAUUGCUUUUGGUGAUAAGUAAGU